GGAUGCAUGCAGAGCCUAUAGACCUAAGUAACUGGACACUGUUUCUUCGAACUGGGCUGCUUUAUCUCAAAAAUUGUCCACAGUUGCUGAAGCUCCUCACUGAGUGCAUUUCAGGCAUUUUAACCUGCUAACGGCAAGAAGAAGGGUUCACCACAUAGUUCCAAAGGUCUUCCACUUGCCACCACUGCCAAAAGAAGCAAAAUGAUUGAACCCAUAGGAAAUCAGUAUGUUGUGGCCAGGCCAGUGUACUCUGCAAACACUUUUGGAGAAGAACAUAAGAAGAAACACAGACAUCAUAAGACAUUUCUGGAUCAUCUCAAAUUGUGUUGUAGCUGUUCCACACAAAAGGCCAAGAGAAUUGCCCUCUCUUUCUUCCCCAUAGCAUCUUGGUUACCAUCAUACCGAAUAAAGGAAUGGCUACUCAGUGACAUCGUUUCUGGUAUCAGCACAGGGCUGGUGGCUGUACUUCAAGGCUUAGCAUUUGCUCUGCUGGUCACCAUCCCCCCAAGAUAUGGAUUGUAUGCAGCCUUUUUCCCAGUCAUAGUCUACUUCUUUUUGGGUACUUCUAAACACAUAUCUGUAGGACCAUUUCCAGUUCUAAGUAUGAUGGUGGGAGCAGUGGUUACAAAUGUAGUCUCAGAUGCCAGUACCACGAUGGAAUCAUCCAAUAGCACAGAGAAUAAUGAAUCGAUAUUGGAGCAGAAGAAACUACUGGUGGCUACAACUGUCACAGUCCUUUCUGGAAUCAUCCAGCUGGUCCUGGGGGUUCUGCGGAUCGGAUUUGUAGUGAUCUACCUAUCUGAGUCCCUGAUCAGUGCCUUCACCACUGCUGCCGCCGUUCAUGUGUUGGUUUCCCAGCUCAAAUUCAUGUUGCAGCUAUCAGUUCCAGCACACACGGACCCAUUCUCGAUUUUCAAAGUACUAGAGUCUGUAUUCACCCAAAUAGAGAAGACUAACAUUGCUGACCUCGUGACAUCCCUGAUUAUCCUGUUUAUUGUAUUUGUGUUUAAAGAGAUAAAUCAGCGCUACAAGUCCAAACUUCCAGUGCCUAUCCCCAUCGAACUUAUCGUGACGGUGAUCGCAACAGGUGUAUCCUAUGGCUUUGACUUCGAGCACAGGUUUAACGUGUCUGUGGUUGGGCAGAUGGAUACUGGAUUUGAGCCCCCUAUUACACCCGAUGUGCAGAUUUUCCAAGACACCAUAGGAGACAGCUUUGGCAUUGCGAUUGUGGGCUUUGCAGUGGCCUUUUCUGUGGCCAGUGUCUAUUCCCUCAAGUAUGAUUAUCCAAUUGAUGGCAAUCAGGAGUUAAUUGCCUUGGGAUUGAGUAACAUAUUCACUGGAUCAUUUAGAGGCUUUGCAGGGAGUACCGCCCUCUCCAGAUCAGGGGUCCAGGAGAGUACAGGAGGCAAAACGCAGGUUGCUGGGCUCCUCUCCGCUAUCAUUGUGUUGAUUGUCAUUGUGGCCAUUGCCUUUCUUCUGGCACCACUGCAAAAGUCUGUCCUGGCAGCUUUGGCACUUGGAAACUUAAAAGGAAUGCUGAUGCAGUUUGCUGAAAUAGGCAGAUUGUGGCGAAAGGAUAAAUAUGAUUGUUUGGUUUGGAUCAUGACCUUCAUCUUUGCCAUUGUUCUGGGACUGGGGUUAGGCCUGGCGGCAAGUGUGGCAUUUCAGCUCCUCACCAUCGUGUUCAGGACCCAGUUUCCAAAAUGUAGUACACUGGCUAAUAUUGGAAGGAGCAACAUCUAUAAGGACAAAAAAGACUAUUCUGAUAUGUAUGAGCCGGAAGGAGUGAAAAUUUUCAGAUGUCCAUCUCCAAUCUACUUUGCAAACAUUGGAUUUUUUAAGCAGAAACUUAUAGAUGCUGUUGGCUUUACUCCACUUCGAAUUCUACGCAAACGCAACAAAGCUUUGAAGAAAAUUCGAAAACUGCAGAAGAGAGGCCUACUACAAGUGACACCCAAAGGAUUUAUAUGUACUGCUGAUGGCUUCAAAGAUUCUGAUGAAGAGCUAGACAACAAUCAGAUGGAGGAACUAGAUCAGCCCAUCAAUACCACAGAUCUGCCUUUCCAGAUAGACUGGAAUGCUGAUCUUCCCCUCAACAUCAUGGUCCCCAAAAUCAGCCUCCACAGCCUUAUUCUCGAUUUUUCAGCAGUGUCCUUUCUUGAUGUUUCUUCAAUGAGGGGUCUCAAAACGAUUUUGCAAGACUUUAUCAGGAUCAAUGUAGAUGUGUAUAUUGUUGGAACUGAUGAUGAUUUCAUUGAGAAGCUUGCUCGAUGUGAAUUUUUUGAUGAUGAAGUCAAGGACUCAAUAUUUUUCUUAACAAUUCAUGAUGCUGUUUUACAUAUUUUGAUGAAGAAAGAUUAUAGCACUUCAAAGUUUAAUUUCAAUCAGAAAAAAGAAAUGAAAUCUGAUUUUACCAUAAAUACAAAUGGAGGAUUGCGUUAUCGGGAAUAUCAGGUACCACUUGAAACAAAAUUCUAAUCAAAAUAUAAUUCAGAGGGACCCUCAUCUGGUUGUCACAUAAAGAACAACUUUAUACCCAGAAAGUUAUUGAUAAGUUCAUACAUUGUAUGAAGAAUAUUUGUAUUUGAUAGAAUUAUGUUUCAAACUUUGGAACGAGAUUGUUCUAGCAUGGUAUAUUUUUCACAUAUCUAUAUAAAAUUAUGUAAAUACUCUUUAAUUUUAUACCUUAGAUUUAUCAAAGGAAAAUUAUUUUGUAUAUAUGUAUUUUUGUAGCACUGUCAGAUUUCCAUUCAAGUCAGAACUUUCACAAUGCUUUGCAGUGUCUUUAUACCACUGCUUUGAAUCUCAUAAUUUAUACAGGUCAUGUUAAUAUUUCUCCAUUUUAAAAAAUUCAGUUGUACAGCAAAUGUGUUGUUUUAUUAAAUUUGUUAUAAGCUUUCUGAUA